ACCUCUCCAGGACUGAGGGUACACUGGAGCGGGGUGAGGUGGGCUGGGAGGGAGGGGAGAGUGUGGGUCACCCAGCGAAGGGUUGACUCGUCAGGAUCAAAUUCAGGGCUCUCAUCGGGAGGAUAGAGGAACCACCGCUUACGGCCGAAUAUCGUCUCUGCAAAUGUCGGGCCGUGAAUGUGGAAUGGGACACCGGUCCCUGGGCCAGCCAACCCGAAACUCAAAACUGGUUCCAUCCCCGGUAGGGUGUAGGGGGGUAGUUGGUAGAGCGAGAACAGUGGAGACCAUCUCUCUCGGUCGUUGUCUCCGAAAUGAUAGAAAGUUUCGUUCCCGAGAGCGUGUGGUGACUGAGGUCUCACGUGGUGGGAUACGUAGUCACAUAGCGUCAUCUGGGUCUUGGUGUAGGAGUGUGUGUUGGCCGUUGCCACUGUGAUCAGGUCCGGUCCGUAGUCUGCCAACAGUCUCCACUUUGUCGAGGCUCGUUUGAACCUCGUUUGAGGAGGGACACCCUCCAGAAUCACCGGUCGAGUCUCCGAGAACUUUUCAAGAAACUCCAGCUGUGAUAGUGUCCCGACGUUCCUCCUCUCAAUGUUGCAGGGUCCUGUGAGGUCAGACAGGUCGUGAGAGAUGCUCCAACCUCCACCACUGCCACAUUCAAGCUCAGCCAUCACCUCAAACAUCUCACUUGUGCUCUCUUCUUCCAAAAACCUCCCCUGAGAGUCCGCGUUGUCCUUGAACGUGCACGUACCACUGCAUACCUGCUCGUAAACGUACGUUAGGUUGACUGACAUUUUAUCCACGGGUCCGUCCGACUGCGCGGUCGCCACUCCAGGCAGAAGAACGGAGCAGGUUUCACAUAGCACGUCGUUUACAACGAGACUCUUGCUGUGUAGCCACAGGGUUUGCGGUAUUAGGACCAGCAGAAAGUAGAUACUUACGCUGUAAAGCAGGGAAAGUUGCCUUGAGCAGCUGCAGAGCUGCAUACCCAUUGCCCUUAUGGUGCGCUUUAUUUAGAUAUCAGCUGCGCGUCAAUUGGAGCAAAGAGUUUGCUAGUGAGUUUGCAAGGAUAGCUAGAGAAAGAUGAGGCUGUGCAAAGGAGUCGUUGUGCUAUUCGUCCUGCUAAUGCUGGCCUCUGGUGCAAAAUGUACCCUCAGCAAACGUGACAAGAAAGACAAGAAGAGCAAGAGCAAAGAUGUAUCAGAGGAGCUACCUGCAGAGAGUGUGGAGGAACGUGAGCUGGUGACCAGUAGCCCCAAGUGGAAAGAGAUUGUAAACAACCACCACCUGUAUUCCUCCAACCAACAGCACACUAGAGACAUGAUGGAUGGAGCCAUGGUUCUCGGAUACGUGACCCCUGUAAGUUACACUCGAACUAUAGUUUCUGUGUCUGUGUGUGAGUGUGUAAUAUAUGCUUCUUCAGUGGAAUAGUCACGGUUACGACAUUGCUAAGAUGUUUGCGAGGAAAUUCACCCACAUAUCUCCUGUUUGGCUCCAACUGACGCGCAGGCAUGGAAUUGGACUGGCUAUGGAAGGAACACAUGACAUAGACCAAGGGUGGGUGUCGGACGUAAGGAGGGCAGGAAGUGGGGUGAAGAUAGUGCCCAGGGUUCUGCUGGAAGGAUGGACGAUGGCUGAUUUCCAGGAGGUGUUUGCCAGCGAAGCAAACAUGGCACGAGUGGCUGAGUUUGCUGCACAGAACUUGCAGAAGCACAAGUUUGAUGGAAUGGUUCUGGAGGUGUGGAGUCAGCUUGGUGGCCGAUUCAAUAGUGAGCUGACCCACUUAGUGAAGGCGCUGGCAAAUAGUUUGCAUGCAGUGGGCCUGGAGCUCAUCCUGGUGAUCCCAGCAGCCAAGAGAGGAUCCCUCUUUGGUCAGUCAGAUUUCGAUAGGCUGGCUCCACAUGUGGAUGGCUUUAGUCUCAUGACCUAUGACUAUUCCAGUCCAGGGAGUCCAGGUCCUACUGCUCCCAUUGAGUGGAUGGAAGGAUGUGCAGUGGGACUGUCUCACCAGCCAUCUCCUCUCAGACAAAAGAUACUGCUCGGCCUAAACUUCUACGGUUAUGACUUCACCAGUUCUGGAAUGGACCCAAUUGUUGGACACAGGUAUAUUGAGUUACUAAGGGAGCAAAAACCAAAAAUCAAGUGGGACAGCGACUGUGCAGAACACUACUUCAAGUACAAAUACAAAAGCCAGCAACAUGAAGUCUACUACCCAACACUCAAAUCAAUCCAGGAUCGACUGAGACUAGCCCAGGAGCUGGGAACUGGUAUCUCCAUCUGGGAGAUAGGACAAGGACUCGAUUACUUUUAUGAGCUUUUUUAAAAGAAUCUGCUGGUUAUCAUCACUGUAAUCAGACAAAGGUAUAUGCCGAAGUUGUGGCGGUUCUGUAUUUAAUGAAAUACCUACGAGCUUCUCAUUCAGGUGAUUGUGACAUUUGUUAUACAUGGGAAAGUGUUUAAAGGCCCUGUAUCCAAGUGUUGUUAAAUCCACAAUUGAGCUCGACUGAAAGCAAAAAACCAUAGAAAAUCCAGCUAUGGAACAAGUAGGGAGGAAUCUAUAGUGGUUAGCGUGCUCUGAUGUGAUAGGGUGAGAGAGAGCUGAGACGGGUCUGGUUUCUGGAGAAACAG